AUGGUCGGUGCGGCCGCCGCCGCGGCGGCGAGGCGCAGCGUGCCGGCGCUGCAGAGGUCGAGCGAGCGGAGGCACCGCGCCCACGUGCGCGCCGGCGGGCCCCGAAGCUGCGGGGCCGCGGCGGCGGCGUGCUGCGCGUGCGCGGCGCUGUGCGCGGCGCUGUGCGCGGCGCUGUGCGCGGCGCCGCUGGCGGGGCGCGGCUCGGCGGCAUUCGCGCCCGCCCAGGUGGGCAGCAGGCGUGGGUUGGCGCAGCUGCUGGGCUUGGGGCUCGCCGCUGGGCUCUCGGCCGAGCCCGCGGGCGCCGUGGUGGUCGCCUCUGUGCCCCAGUGGCAGGGCAGAUACCAGGACCCCGAGCACAAGGGCUGCAAGAGGGAGAUCCGCGUGGUGGGCCGCACCGUUCAGCUGAACGCCACCGACGGCAGGCCGGACUGCAAGGCGGGCGAGAAGGUGCGGGUCUGGAACACCACGGGCCGCCUGAGCCUCUCCCACUACUCGGACAUGAUACUGGACAUGCGCCUGCGGGGCGGACAGGAGGAGGACCGUUUCCGGUGGAUCGGCGGCGGCUUCGUGGCCCCCAGCGGCUACAAGUGGAGCAAGAUCGGCUCCCUGAUCGACGAGUUCGCGAAUCUGCACGAGCUCAGGCUGAACAACUGCGCCAUCAAGCCUGACGCGGCGCGGGCCAUUUCCGACCUGCUCAGCGAGCACCCGCAGCUGAGGAGCGUCUGCCUGGACAGCAACCAGCUCGGCAGCGAGGGGGCCGUGGAGCUCUGCAUGGGGGCCUCUCAGUCGACGUCGCUCAGGCUGGUCCACAUCGGCUACAACGAGAUCCAGUCGGAGGAGGCGUCGCAGGCCAUCGCCAGGCUGAUGACCACCAGCGAGGUGCUGCAGGAGCUGAAGCUGUCGGGCAACCGCCUCGAGCAGAGGGGCGCGCCCGCCGUAGGCCGCGCCAUCGAGCAGAGCGCGCUGCUGGUGCUCAAGCUCGAGGACAUGGGCUUCACCGAGGAGAGCAUCAAUGAAUUCCUCGACCAUGGCGUCGCGGAAACGCAGGACCUCCAGGUGAUGGUGCUCAGCGGCAAUCCCGUCGGAGACGAGGGCCUCGCGGUCGUCUCUGAGAGCCUCAGCAUCGGCCUCACGGACCUUGCCCUGUCGAACUGCGCCCUGACCGUCGCCUCGCAGGCAACUCUGCUCAACCUGGUGUCCCUGUCGCCCAAUCUGAGGAGCCUCGACCUCUCCAACAACGCGCUGGGGUCGGGCGGCCUGUCGGACAUGGUCACGUGGAUGACGCAGACGGAGAGGGAGAACUUCUCGCUCCGCUCGCUGGAGCUGGCCGGCUGCGGCCUCGGCGACGAGGGACUGAUCCAGCUGACGCCCGUGAUGAGCACGCUCACCUACCUCGGGCUGAGGAACAACGGCAUCACGUCCCAUGGGAUCAAGGCGGUCAUGAACGCGCACCAAAUGAUCCAGCUGGAGCGACUCGACCUCGCCGACAAUUCCAUCGACGAAGAGGGGGUGCACGCCCUGACCGAGCGCUUCCAGAAGGAGCACAAGCGCUCCCUCUGGAACCCCCAGCAGCUCACGUCCUCCAUCGACGAGGUCAUCCUCGCGAACAACGGCCUCCCCGAGGCGCUCGCGAAGUCCACGGAGGUCUUCCUCAACGUCCACAACCCCCUCCUGCGCGUAGCCGCCGGUGCUGGCUUCGAGGGCCGGCCCCGCCGCCGCCGCUUCCGAUGCCCCCUGGUGCCCCUUAGACGGCGGACGCCGCGCGCGGGCCCCGCCGACCUCUGCAGCCCCGACGGGUCUCGAAUUGCCAUCAGGAUAUUGCCAACAAUGCGCCAGGCUGCGCUGCCCGACGCGAUGCUCUCCGAUAUUAGACAGGCCCUCCCGCUGCCCUGGCCCCGCGUCGCGGAGCCAGACUCGGGGGUGGCGGACACUGAGGCGGGAGAGACCCCCGUGGAUCACUGCCCCAUUCUGCGCAGCAUGGGGCGGCAGGUGCUCGCGACGCCUGGGCAAAUUGCGUUGGAUUGUAACGGCACAUCUGAGCCGCGUCAAGUUUGCGACCCCUGUCGGCGGGGGCCUGCCGACGGCUGUGACUUGCAAAGGCCUACGGGUGCCGGCGACAGGAUCGACGCCUGCAACCGCCAUGGUGUCGCGUUGAGCAGAGAGGCCGCGGGCGCCGAUGGCCAUGCGAGCUGCAGACUUAGGCAGUCGCUGAGACUGCUGAGGCGAGAUCCUGCAUUGUUGCGCGCCGCGGUCGAGCAUCUGGUCGAAUCGCAGAAGGGGCGGCCGCUGGCGCUGCAGGAUAAUUUCAGUUGGAAUAUACAGCGCGCGAGGGGAGUGCUCGCCCCGCAGAACUCCAUGCGAUCAGUGAACUUUGAUACGAGAUCGGCCACAAGUGUUCCUGACUGGGCGAGUGCAGUCCUGGUUCCGUCCGACGCGGAUGGCAACGGGGCGGAGAGGGCGAACGAUGGAGCAGGGGCGCUGCCGGACGCGGCAGGCCUGGCCGCCCGGCUGGCGGGCGCCGGCGGGGCCAUGAUGUCUGGAGGCAUGCCGCAGGGCAUGAUGGCAGGCUGGGCGCAACUCAUGCAGCAGCAGGCGCGCCAGCAGCCGCCGCAGCAGCAGCAGCACGAUAGAGGCGGUGCCGCCGCUAACGCUUCCCAGCUGAGCGUCAGCGGCUGCGCCCACGCCACCGUCGGGGCCAUUGUCCGCGGCUCCUUCACCGCGGUGGGGCAAAACCACGGAAAGCCUUCGUACAAGAAGGACUCUCAGGUGAACGGCCUCGACGUGAUGUUGUAUUUCUGGGACGAGCGCGACGGGCAGGCCUUCAGCGGCUGGUGGUUCGGCCCGAAAGUCGGAGGCGACCAGGUCUGGGCGUACCACCCGAGCAACACCAUGACGCCGCCGACGACAGGCUGGAAGGUGCCCUGCGACGGGCCGGUCGACCAGACCUUCGUGGUGUCGUUUGGCGCUCCGAAGCCGCAGCAGCAGCAGCAGCAGCCGCCGCAGCAGUCGUACGGCCAGCAGAGAGCGGCGCCGGCGGCGGCAGGCGGCAUGAACGCGGCCAUGCAGGCCAUGCAGAACCAGGCCAUGGCCGCCCAGGCCAUGCAGAGCCAGGCCGCGGCCGCCGCCGCAGUGAUGCAGCAGAAGAUGCUCAUGGAGCAGCAAAAGCAGCUGCAGAUGAAGAAGAUCGAGGACAUGAAGAGGCAGCAAGAGGAGCUGAAGAUGAAACAGAUGCUACAGAAGCAGCAGCGCGAAGCGGAGCUGGUCAAGAAGCGGCAGGAGCAGACCACCCUGAUAUCGAUCCGCCGGGUCAUCCAGAAGCUCCGCACCGUGACGCCAGACAAUUUCGCCGAGUUGAAGCAGGAGCUCGAGGCGUUGCUGGCAAAGGAGCUCGCGAACUGCGGCCUCCAGGCCCAGAAGGUACAGGACGAGGCCAAGGCGGGCCUGCAGAUGGCGGCCGAGAAGGUGGAGAAGAUGGCCGCGGUGAAGCGGGAGGCCCAGGAGAAGCUCGCGGAGGCGGCGAGGCGGCGAGAGGAGGCCCAGAAGCUCGCCGAGCAGCUCCUCAAGGAGUUGGAGUCUCUCUUGGACGAGGCGGAGAAGGCGGUCAAGACGCUGAAGGACAAGGCGGAGCCGCUGAAGGACGCGGCCGACAUGUCGGUAAAGCUGGUUGAGAAGAACGCCAAAGCGGUGGAGGAGAAGGGCGACAUCGCCAAAGCGAAGGUGAAAGCAGUUGCCGACUUCGUCAAGGAGAACAGCGCCAAGAUCAGGGUCACGCACAAGGUGCCGCCGAGCGAGACGGCGGUCGACACCGGCGCGGGGCUCGCGAAGGCCGUGGCCAGGAACUCAGCGUGCACGAAGGAGUGCAACGAGGCACUGGUGUUCGCCGAGACCACCGUAGCGAAGAUGCGGAAGAAGGCUGAGGCCAAGAAAAAGAUGGACGCUCUGAACUCCACCUUCGCCAAGUUCGACAAGGAUGGCGACGGAAUCCUGAGCAAGCCCGAGGUGAAGACGUAUGCGAGGACCACCCACAAGUUCGCGGUGGGAGACGCCGAGAUGGCGCAGAUCUUCAAGAUCCUCGUCGAGGGCGACAGCAAGGGCGUGAAGAAGGAUGACUUCCAGAGACUAAGGGUCCAGGUCGGGAUUGCGCGCGAACAGGCCAUGGACGCCGAGCGUAAGAAGGCCCGGUUGGAGAAGGAGGCGAGGAUCGAAGAGCUGAAGAAGGAGGUGCAGGCCAGCAUCGACGCGGCCGCGGAGGCGGCCAAUGCCACAGGCGAGCUCGUCGACAAGGUGCAGGCGGCAUCGAAGGAGGCGGUUGGCAAGGCCAUGGCGCUGGCCGUCGAGGAGCUCGACAAGGAGGCUGAUGAGCUGGACAAGCUGCUGGAGGAGGCGAAGGAGAGCAUCGCGAAGUCGAAGGAGACCGCCACGGGCCUCCUGACGGACGUGGACGAGGACAUCAAGGCGUGGAUGACGCAGAAGGCGGGUGAGAUAAAGGGCAGAAUACAUGGGGGCCCGCGGACCUCCGACCAGAGGCUGGGCAAGGUCGCGGGCAGCCCCAGCAAGCUCCGCGACAUCGCGAAGAGAAAGGUGAUAGCGGAGAUGGAAGCGCUUGAGGCCAAGGCCCUGAGCUUUUUGAGGUACCACCAGAAGGAGGCGAAGUUGAGUAGGGACGAGCUGUUCAAAGCAGUAGACGCCGACCAGGACGGGAAGAUCUCCGAGGCGGAGUUCGUCAAGUUUUUUGUCACGUGCAAGCGGCCUCCGAAGCCGCAGGAUCCGAAGGCCAAGGCCGACGCCGACGGCGAGGAGGCACUGGACACCGCGCCCGACGACGAGGGCCUGCAGAAGGUCUUCAAACAUUUCGUCGAUGAGGACGGCGAGAGCUUCUUGACAAAGAAGCGCUUCGAGUCCGUCGUUCGACACCUCAUGAAGGUGGUCACGGUGUCCGUCCUCAGCAAAGAGCUGAAGACGGACAGCGAGGCGGUGCGAAAGCUGGAGAGCAGAGAGGUCGUUGAGGUGCUCGAGGGUCCCAUCGAGGACGAGGUGUCCAAGAUGAAGCGCGUGAAGGUGAUUGCCAUGAGGGACGGCGCCGAGGGCUACGUCACCCUGGCGGGGAACGGCGGCACGGUGUUCCUCAGGGACGGCGGGCGGCUCUUCAAGGUGCUGAGAGAGGUCCCCAUGACGGACAAGUUCGAGCUGGAGGAGGCGCCCAAGCAGGAGAAGCCCGCGCAGGAGAAGCCCGUGGCGGGGCAGCCCGUUCCAGACGGGCCAGUCGCGGCCGGGCCAGUCUCGGCGUCCGCCCCAGACGACGUCAGGAAGCUGAAGGCUGGAGAGUUGAUCGAGGUCAUAGAGUACCCGAAGAAAGACGAGAAGUCGGGGAGCAUGCGCUUGAAGUGCAAAGCAAAAUCGGACGGCCAUGUGGGCUACGCCACAUUCCAGAGCAACACCGGAGCGGUGUUCAUGGAUUGCGUGUAG